AUGGGGGGCAAUUUAUCACGGCAUAAAGACAGAAGAAAAAAGAAUGCCAAGCAUACACUAGAAAAUGAGAGCAUACAAGAACAACAAUUUAAAUAUAUUGGAGGUCGAAAGUUUUAUGACAUUUAUGCGUUUCCCACGGAUAUUGAAGAGGUUGAUCGUUUACAUCAACAACAUUUCGCGCUUAAACGCAUUUGUGGAGGAAACUAUACGGCGCCAAUUCGUGACAUAAUAAAACCUGGAAGCAGGAUACUGGACUUGGGUUGUGGUCCAGGCCAAUGGACACUAGAAAUUGCACAAGAAUUUCCACAUGCACAAGUAUUCGGCAUCGACAUAAGCGCGAAUUUUCCAACCUCAAUUAAACCGGAGAAUUCGCAUUUCACAGUUGGUGAUAUCACAAAAGGCUUACCUUGGGAAGAUAACUAUUUUGAUUUUGUUUGGAUGCGAUACCUGUUCAGUGCAAUUAAGGAUGCAGACUGGCUGAAUUUAUACCGUGAGGUUAAACGUGUAUUAAAACCGGGUGGAAUAUUUGAGCAUCAUGAGUGUGAUGGGUUUACUACAACAGCUGGACCGAAAUUAAAAAAAUUUCAAAUACCUUAUGAAGCAGCAUUUAUCUCGCGUGGACUAAACGUACGAUUUGCAUGUCAACUAAGUGAGCGAGUUACGAUGGCUGGAUUCAAAGACGUGCAGCCAUCAUACAUAUCUAUAGCAAUUGGAAAACAUGGAGGUCGAAUUGGUGAAAUCUGGGCAGCGAAUGCAAAAGAAAGUUGUCUCGCUAUGAAACCUUGGGUCACGAAUUUCACUGAUUUUACAGAAGACGAAUACGAAUCAAUAAUUCGAUAUGCUUUCGAUUAUGAAGUUGACCUGUAUAAAGCUCAUCAUAAUCAUCAUAUAAUAUGGGUUCGGAAAAUUGAAUCAUACGUGUAA